ACUUUCCCCUACUUCCCUUACUUGCCCCAACGAAGAUAAUCCGUCAGGAUAGACUCAGCACCUUUCCACAACCCAACGUCAAAAAGUCAGGAGGCACUUCGCCUGCGAACUAGUAGAUACUGUAUAGAGGCGAGGCAGCCUUUUCACGGCACAGUUGUACAUACGGUAGUGUGGUCGUCCUCUGCCAGCACGGGUUCCGGAAGCUCUCGUGAUUAUGUCUCGCAAGAAGUUACGGACAGCGGAACCGACAGGAGCAGGAGCUGCACCGACUCCCACAGACUUCGCUAGCGGUGUCUUUUCGGACGAGAUACUUUUGCAUAUCCUCGCCUACCUGUCGCAUAGGGAUCUUACUCGAUUAGGGACUUGCUCGCGCACCUGGCACAGGUUGGCCAGCGACCAAACGUUAUGGAAGCGGCUCUUCCUGCGCAGGUUUCCCUUGGAGUGUCUCGCGCAGCCAAUACCUGCUGGGUCGCCACCGGCGGGCGAAGUUCGGGUGCGGAGAAGGACUAGUGGAAUGGCGGGCCCGAUUAUGCGGGAGAGGCGCGAUUUCCUUUCCAUGUACAUUCUGCAACACAACUGGAAUGCUGGGAACUAUGUAGUGACGAACAUCGAUGUGAGCCUGCCGGUGGCUGCUGAGCCGGUGCUGGAACCAGGAGGGGUUAGAACCGCGACGGAUAUUGAUUGCGCGCUACCAGUUUCGACAUCUCGGCAUUUGGGCACAGCGCCAAUAACGGCGUUUACAAAGGAUGUAAUAUUGGUUGCUCUUGCUUCACCGGAUGUUGCAGUUUGGAGCAUCAACCACAGAGCCGCCCUCGGAUCAUUGAGUCGGAUUUCAGUGGAGCCUUCGAUGGUUUUGCCUCGCGUGUGCUGCAUCCAACUGGAGAGCUGUUCUGCACUUGGACAUCCCCAUUUACGGGUGGUGGCCGGCUAUGACGAUGGCAGCUGGACAGUCUGGGAGAUGUGGGGUCAUGACGGGCUUAGCCAAUGGGGCUGCAAAGAGCUGAUCACGGUCACCCAAGCACAGAGGGUUGGGCUGGUCGCCGUAACAAUGAUGGACAACAUCGUUGUGACAUGUUCAUCUCAAUUUGAUGUUGCCUUCCACCGCAUUACAAAUGCGCUCAAGCGCGACAAUACGCAACGACGUUGGGAGUCUACCCUGAUCCAUCGAUUACGAGGGAGUACCUGUUGGCCUCCAGUGGAUCUUCACCUCACCCGUGCUGGCGGAAAAUAUGCUUUGUACAUAGCGUAUGCAUCACCUUCCUACGGAAACGAAUGGAACGUUUCCCUCGAUCAAAUCACCUUCUCCCGCGCUGAUGGACUGAUUUCCUCGAAGCAUUUCAGUCCGAAAACAACUAAAGUGCCGAUGACCGCGGAAUUUACAGGGAUCCGUUUUCGCCAUCCUUACCUGGUGGCUCCCAGAAGGGACAACACCGUCCACGUAUACACUCUUAGCGGAGCGCAGCUCACCCACACUACGAUAUUAUAUGCACAUCAUGCGGCGGUUACUGCACUCGAACUCGACGGAGUGACAGCGAAGCUCAUUACUGGAGGGAUAGAUGGGCUCAAGAUCUGGUCUCUUCGCAACCCUGUAAAGCCCAUAUCGACCGUGGAUAGGGAUUGGAUACGUCAAUUCGAGAAAGAAGAAUCUCUCGACCAAAUCAAGCGUCCUACGUAUGUGGGGUUUGAUGAAGGCCGGAUUGUCAGCGUGAGCGAAAGCCUAAACGGCCGGUUAAGAAGCGGGACCUUCUGUGGAAUGGAAGAACGGAGAGAAAUAGAGGCUGGGCCCCUGGUUGGCUUGAAGAUCUUCUCGUUUUUGGACGAGUCAUAAGUUCGUGCUGAGUUUCCUGUGUUUAGUGUAAUGAAAAUUGUCAAAAUCUGGCUUGGUUUGUGGCACAUGGUGGAACGAUGGGAUUCAUUGAAUUUAUCUUCAGGAAAAUG